AGUGGCCGCUACCGCAGGCAGGGGGCGGCAACAUGGCGGAGUGAGCGGCGGCGUCGGGGCUUCACAACAACAGCGGCGCCGGUGGCAGCGGCCCGAGCUUUGGCCCCCGGCGGAGGGCGGAGGGCCGUGCGAGACGAGGCGGCAUCCUCGCGGGGGGCCGGGCCGGCGGUAGCGAGCCGGGGAGAUCGGUGCAGAGAGCGCCGAGGCGAUCUGCGAGGAGCUCCGUGAGGCGAGCGCUGAGGCGGACCGUGAGCUCGCUGGGGAGACAGCUGCGGCAAGCCCGGGAGGAGACCUCGGAAGCGACCCUUGAGGCUGUCCCCGGAGGCGGUCGGCGAGGCGCCGCGCACGGCUGCCGGGCCCGGCUGAGGCGCGGACGGGAGCGGGCCCGGCGCCGCGGCGCUGGUGGAUGCUGGGGCUGCGAGGCGCCGGCCGGGGGGCGGGGGCCGCGGCGGGGAUAACGGAACCGGCGGAGGCGGCGCGGCGGCGCUGCACAGCUCCUCAGCAGCGGGGCGGAUGGCGAGCGACAAGCCGGGCCCGGGGCUCGAGCCGCAGCCCGUCGCGCUCCUGGCCGUCGGGGCCGGCGGCGGUGCAGGCGGCGGAGGCGCCAUGGGGGAGCCUCGGGGGGCGGCCGGCUCCGGCCCGGUGGUGCUGCCGGCGGGCAUGAUCAACCCUUCGGUGCCGAUCCGCAACAUCCGUAUGAAAUUCGCCGUUCUGAUCGGACUCAUACAGGUCGGCGAGGUCAGCAACAGGGACAUCGUGGAGACCGUGCUCAACCUGCUGGUUGGUGGGGAAUUUGAUUUGGAGAUGAACUUUAUUAUCCAGGAUGCUGAGAGCAUAACAUGUAUGACAGAGCUUUUGGAGCACUGUGAUGUGACAUGCCAAGCAGAAAUAUGGAGCAUGUUUACAGCCAUCCUACGGAAGAGUGUUCGGAAUUUACAGACCAGCACAGAAGUGGGGCUAAUUGAGCAAGUGUUGCUGAAAAUGAGUGCAGUAGAUGACAUGAUAGCAGAUCUUCUAGUGGAUAUGCUGGGAGUUCUGGCAAGCUACAGCAUUACUGUCAAGGAGCUAAAGCUUUUAUUCAGCAUGCUUCGAGGAGAAAGUGGAAUCUGGCCAAGGCAUGCAGUAAAAUUAUUAUCAGUUCUUAAUCAGAUGCCACAAAGACAUGGUCCUGAUACAUUUUUCAAUUUUCCUGGGUGUAGUGCUGCGGCAAUUGCAUUGCCUCCCAUUGCAAAGUGGCCUUAUCAGAAUGGCUUCACUCUCAACACUUGGUUUCGAAUGGAUCCAUUAAAUAACAUUAAUGUUGAUAAGGAUAAACCUUAUCUGUAUUGUUUUCGUACUAGCAAAGGAGUGGGCUACUCUGCUCAUUUUGUUGGCAACUGUUUGAUAGUCACAUCUCUGAAGUCCAAAGGAAAAGGUUUCCAGCACUGUGUGAAGUAUGAUUUCCAGCCUCGCAAGUGGUACAUGAUCAGCAUCGUCCACAUCUACAAUCGAUGGAGGAACAGUGAGAUCCGUUGUUAUGUUAAUGGCCAGCUGGUAUCCUAUGGUGACAUGGCUUGGCAUGUUAACACAAAUGAUAGCUAUGACAAGUGCUUUCUUGGAUCUUCAGAAACUGCUGAUGCCAAUAGGGUGUUCUGUGGCCAGCUUGGGGCUGUGUAUGUGUUCAGUGAAGCUCUUAACCCAGCACAGAUAUUUGCAGUUCAUCAAUUAGGACCUGGUUAUAAGAGUACCUUCAAGUUUAAGUCUGAGAGUGAUAUUCAUUUGGCAGAACAUCACAAACAGGUUCUGUAUGAUGGGAAGCUUGCCAGUAGUAUUGCCUUUUCCUACAACGCCAAGGCCACCGAUGCUCAGCUUUGUCUGGAGUCCUCACCAAAAGAAAAUGCAUCCAUCUUUGUGCACUCCCCACAUGCACUGAUGCUCCAGGAUGUGAAAGCUAUAGUAACACAUUCAAUUCAUAGUGCAAUCCAUUCAAUUGGAGGGAUUCAAGUACUUUUCCCACUUUUUGCCCAGCUGGACAAUCGGCAGCUUAAUGACAGUCAAGUAGAAACAACUGUCUGUGCUACUCUUUUGGCAUUCCUGGUUGAACUACUUAAAAGUUCAGUAGCCAUGCAAGAACAGAUGCUGGGCGGAAAAGGCUUUUUAGUCAUUGGCUACUUACUUGAAAAGUCAUCAAGAGUUCAUAUAACUAGAGCUGUCUUGGAGCAGUUUUUAUCAUUUGCAAAAUACCUCGAUGGCUUAUCUCAUGGAGCCCCAUUGCUGAAGCAGCUUUGUGACCACAUUUUGUUCAAUCCCGCCAUCUGGAUACACACACCUGCAAAGGUUCAACUUUCCCUAUAUACUUACUUGUCUGCUGAGUUCAUUGGAACUGCUACCAUCUAUACCACCAUACGCAGAGUUGGGACAGUAUUGCAGCUCAUGCACACAUUAAAAUAUUACUACUGGGUUAUUAACCCUGCUGACAGCAGUGGCAUUGCACCUAAAGGACUAGAUGGUCCCCGGCCAUCACAAAAAGAAAUCAUAUCACUUCGGGCUUUUAUGCUGCUUUUUCUGAAACAGCUCAUAUUAAAGGAUCGAGGUGUGAAAGAAGAUGAACUUCAGAGUAUAUUAAAUUAUUUACUUACAAUGCAUGAGGAUGAAAAUAUUCAUGAUGUCUUACAGUUGUUAGUGGCUCUAAUGUCAGAACACCCAGCCUCAAUGAUACCAGCAUUUGAUCAAAGAAAUGGAAUAAGGGUGAUCUACAAAUUAUUGGCUUCUAAAAGUGAAAGUAUCUGGGUCCAAGCGCUGAAAGUUCUGGGAUAUUUUUUGAAGCAUUUAGGUCAUAAGCGAAAGGUUGAAAUUAUGCAUACCCAUAGUCUCUUCACUCUUCUUGGAGAAAGGCUGAUGCUGCAUACAAACACUGUGACUGUCACUACAUACAACACACUUUAUGAGAUCUUGACAGAGCAAGUCUGUACUCAAGUUGUGCAUAAACCACACCCGGAGCCAGACUCCACAGUCAAAAUCCAGAAUCCAAUGAUUCUUAAGGUGGUGGCAACUUUGUUAAAGAACUCAACACCAAGUGCAGAAUUGAUGGAAGUCCGUCGGCUGUUUUUAUCCGACAUGAUUAAGCUUUUCAGUAACAGCCGUGAAAAUAGAAGAUGCUUACUGCAAUGUUCAGUGUGGCAGGACUGGAUGUUUUCUCUUGGCUAUAUCAAUCCAAAAAGUUCUGAGGAACAGAAGAUUACUGAGAUGGUCUACAACAUUUUCCGGAUUCUUUUGUAUCAUGCAAUAAAAUAUGAAUGGGGAGGCUGGAGAGUCUGGGUGGACACACUCUCAAUAGCCCAUUCCAAGGUUACUUACGAAGCACACAAAGAGUACCUGGCCAAAAUGUAUGAGGAGUACCAGCGACAAGAGGAGGAGAACAUUAAGAAAGGAAAGAAAGGAAAUGUGAGCACCAUCUCUGGUCUCUCAUCACAGACAGCAGGAGCAAAAGGAGGAAUGGAAAUCCGGGAGAUAGAAGACCUUUCCCAAAGCCAGAGCCCAGAGAGUGAGACAGACUACCCAGUCAGCACAGAUACACGAGACUUGCUCAUGUCAACCAAAGUAUCAGAUGAUAUUCUUGGAAGUUCAGAUAGGCCUGGCAGUGGAGUGCACGUAGAAGUGCAUGAUCUUCUAGUUGACAUAAAAGCAGAGAAAGUGGAAGCCACAGAAGUAAAGCUUGAUGAUAUGGACUUGUCACCAGAGACAUUGGUGGGUGGAGAGAAUGGUGCCCUUGUGGAAGUGGAGUCCUUGUUGGAUAAUGUGUAUAGUGCUGCUGUAGAGAAACUCCAGAACAAUGUGCAUGGAAGUGUGGGUAUCAUUAAAAAAAACGAAGAGAAAGACAACGGCCCGUUGAUCACGCUAGCAGAUGAGAAGGAGGAGCUUCCAAACAGUAGCACACCCUUCCUCUUUGAUAAAAUACCCAGACAGGAAGAGAAAUUACUUCCAGAACUUUCUAGCAAUCACAUCAUCCCAAAUAUUCAGGAUACCCAAGUACAUCUUGGUGUCAGUGAUGAUCUUGGGUUGCUUGCUCACAUGACUGCGAGUGUAGAGUUAACGUGCACAUCAAGCAUAAUGGAAGAGAAAGACUUCAGAAUUCAUACGACGUCAGAUGGAGUGAGCAGUGUCUCUGAACGAGAGUUAGCAUCGUCAACUAAGGGGUUAGACUAUGCGGAAAUGACUGCCACAACUUUGGAAACAGAGUCUUCCAAUAGCAAAGCUGUACCAAAUGUUGAUGCAGGAAGUAUAAUUUCAGACACUGAGCGAUCUGAUGAUGGCAAAGAAUCGGGAAAGGAAAUCCGAAAAAUCCAGACCACUGCUACAACACAAGCUGUCCAGGGCCGGUCUUCCACCCAGCAAGACCGAGAUCUCAGAGUCGAUUUAGGAUUCCGAGGGAUGCCAAUGACUGAGGAACAGCGGCGCCAGUUCAGCCCUGGCCCCCGGACCACCAUGUUUCGGAUCCCUGAGUUUAAGUGGUCUCCGAUGCACCAGAGACUGCUCACUGAUCUGUUGUUUGCAUUAGAGACAGAUGUGCAUGUGUGGAGAAGCCAUUCUACAAAGUCUGUAAUGGAUUUUGUCAACAGCAAUGAAAACAUUAUAUUUGUACAUAACACAAUUCACCUCAUUUCCCAAAUGGUAGACAACAUCAUCAUUGCCUGUGGAGGAAUUUUACCUUUGCUCUCAGCAGCUACAUCGCCAACUGGUUCUAAGACUGAAUUGGAAAACAUUGAAGUGACACAAGGCAUGUCAGCAGAGACAGCAGUGACGUUUCUCAGCCGACUCAUGGCAAUGGUUGAUGUCCUUGUGUUUGCCAGCUCUCUAAAUUUUAGUGAGAUUGAAGCUGAAAAAAACAUGUCCUCUGGAGGGCUAAUGAGACAGUGCCUGCGGCUAGUUUGUUGUGUAGCUGUGAGAAACUGUUUAGAAUGCCGACAGAGACAGAGAGACAGGGGAAGCAAAUCUUCCCACGGAAGCAGCAAACCUCAGGAAGCUCCCCACAGUGUGACUGCCGCAUCCGCAUCCAAGACUCCUUUAGAAAACGUUCCAGGUAACCUUUCUCCCAUCAAGGAUCCCGAUAGGCUUCUUCAGGAUGUUGAUAUCAAUCGCCUUCGUGCUGUUGUCUUUCGAGAUGUGGAUGAUAGCAAGCAGGCACAAUUCUUAGCCCUGGCUGUUGUUUACUUUAUUUCUGUUCUGAUGGUAUCGAAGUAUCGGGACAUAUUAGAACCCCAGAGAGAGACUGCAAGAACUGGAAGCCAACCAGGUAGAAAUAUCAGACAAGAAAUAAAUUCACCAACUAGUACAGUUGUGGUCAUACCAUCUAUCCCUCAUCCAAGUUUGAACCAUGGACUCCUUGCCAAGCUGAUGCCUGAGCAGAGUUUUGCCCACUCAUUUUAUAAAGAAACACCUGCUACAUUUCCAGACACUGUAAAGGAGAAGGAAACACCAACCCCUGGUGAAGAUAUUCAGCUAGAAAGUUCAGUUCCUCACACAGAUUCCGGAAUGGGAGAGGAGCAAGUAGCUAGCAUCCUGGAUGGGGCAGAGCUGGAGCCUGCUGCAGGUCCUGAUGCAAUGAGUGAACUUUUAUCCACUUUGUCAUCAGAAGUAAAGAAAUCACAGGAGAGCUUAACUGAACAUCCCAGUGAAAUGCUGAAGCCUGCACCGUCCAUAUCUAGCAUUAGUCAAACCAAAGGUAUUAAUGUGAAGGAGAUACUAAAAAGUCUUGUGGCUGCCCCAGUUGAGAUUGCUGAGUGUGGCCCUGAGCCUAUUCCAUACCCAGAUCCGGCACUGAAGAGAGAAGCACACGCUAUUCUUCCUAUGCAGUUCCAUUCCUUUGACAGGAGUGUGGUGGUACCUGUAAAGAAGCCGCCUCCAGGUAGUCUAGCUGUCACCACGGUGGGAGCCACUGCUGCAGGAAGUGGGCUGCCAACAGGCAGCACCUCAAGUAUAUUUGCUGCCCCUGGAGCUACACCAAAAAGUAUGAUUAACACGACAGGUGCUGUGGAUUCAGGGUCCUCCUCCUCUUCCUCCUCUUCUAGUUUUGUUAAUGGUGCUACCAGCAAAAAUCUUCCAGCUGUACAAACCGUAGCCCCAAUGCCAGAAGAUUCAGCUGAGAACAUGAGCAUCACUGCAAAACUUGAAAGAGCUUUAGAAAAAGUUGCUCCUCUUCUUCGUGAAAUUUUUGUAGACUUUGCCCCAUUCCUAUCUCGUACACUUCUGGGCAGUCAUGGACAAGAGCUAUUGAUAGAAGCCCACCACCCACCAGAAAUAGUGGAAAAGAAAGCAAAUGGAAAAAUACACCUAUUUAGAAAGUGUUCUAAAACCAGAGACACUGAAACUUAUAAAGGAGAAAGUAGGGAAAAGCCUCGAAGAUAUGGGUACAGGGGAAAAAUUUCUGAAUAGAACAGCAAUGGCUUGUGCUGUAAGAUCGAGAAUCAAUAAAUGGGACCUCAUAAAAUUGCAAAGCUUCUGCAAGGCAAAAGACAACGUCAAUAAGACAAAAAGACCACCAACAGAUUGGGAAAGGAUCUUUACCUAUCCCAAAUCGGAUAGGGGACUAAUAUCCAAUAUAUAUAAAGAACUCCAUAAAAUCAAAUAACCCCAUUAAAAAAUGGGGCUCAGAACUGAACAAAGAAUUCUCACCUGAGGAAUACUGAAUGGCAGAGAAGCACCUGAAAAAAUGUUCAACAUCCUUAAUCAUCAGGGAAAUGCAAAUCAAAACAACCCUGAGAUUCCACCUCACACCAGUCAGAAUGGCUAAGAUGAAAAAUUCAGGUGACAGCAGAUGCUGGCGAGGAUGUGGAGAAAGAGGAACACUCCUCCAUUGUUGGUGGGAUUGCAAGCUUGUACAACCACUCUGGAAAUCAGUCUGGCGGUUCCUCAGAAAAUUGGACAUAGUACUACCGGAGGAUCCAGCAAUACCUCUCCUGGGCAUAUAUCCAGAAGAAGUUCCAACUGGUAAUAAGAAUUCAUGCUCCACUAUGUUCAUAGCAGCCUUGUUUAUAAUAGCCAGAAGCUGGAAAGAACCCAGAUGCCCCUCAACAGAGGAAUGGAUACAGAAAAUGUGGUACAUUUACACAAUGGAGUACUACUCAGCUAUUAAAAAGAAUGAAUUUAUGAAAUUCCUAGCCAAAUGGAUGGACCUGGAGGGCAUCAUCCUGAGUGAGGUAACCCAAUCACAAAGGAACUUUCACAAUAUGUACUCACUGAUAAGUGGAUAUUAGCCCAGAAACUUAGGAUACCCAAGAUAUAAGAUACAAUUUGCUAAACACAUUAAACUCAAGAGAACGAAGACCAAAGUGUGGACACUUUGCCCCUUCUUAGAAUAGGAAACAAAACACCCAUGGAAGGAGUUACAGAGACGAAAUUUGGAAGUGUGACGAAAAGAUGGACCAUCUAGUGAUUGCCAUAUCCAGAGAUCCAUCCCAUGAUCAGCUUCCAAAUGCUGACACCAUUGCAUACACUAGCAAGAUUUUGCUGAAAGGACCCAGAUAUAGCUGUCUCUUGUGAGACUAUGCCAGGGCCUAGCAAACACAAUAGUGGAUGCUCAGUCAGCUAUUGAAUGGAUCACAGGGCCCCCAAUGGAGGAGCUAGAGAAAGCACCCAAGGAACUAAAGGGAAAUGCAACCCUAUAGGUGGAACAACAGUAUGAACUAAGCAGUACCCCGGAGCUCUUGUCUCUAGCUGCAAAUGUAUCAAAAGAUGGCCGAAUAGGCCAUCACUUGAAAGAGAGGCCCAUUGGACUUGCAAACUUUAUAUGCCCCAGUACAGGGGAAUGCCAGGUUGGGUAGGGGAGUGGGGGGGGGUAGGUAUGGGGGACUUUUGGUAUAGCAUUGGAAAUGUAAAUGAGCUAAAUACCUAAUAAAAAAUGGAAAAAAAAAAAGAAAGUGCUCUUUGGAGUAAAUCCUAUCUGCAUUGUCAAGAAAUCAGUAAUUUAGUUCACAGGAGUCAGCAGCAGCAGCAGUUUCAUCCAUUCUCAAACAUUUUAUGAAUACACCAGUAGUCCAGUUCAGGGAAGUUGGGUUAGCAGCAACAGUGGUGAUGCAAUCUAGCAGAAAUAGCCAGGCCUCAGCCUUGGCAUAAGUCAGCAGGAGGUAUCAGGGCCAACAGGAAGGCAAGGAAAAGUUUUUGGCUAAGCCUCUCAGUGAAAUGAAGAUCAGCAAAGAUGUGAGACCAACAAAAGCAUUGCAUAGCUGAUUCUAUAAGCAAGCCACACUCGGCCUCUGUCAUUGUCCUUUGAGUCCUUUUUAUAAUCCCUCCAAACAUCAUGUGUUUUUUAUUGAUGGGUUUUGCCUCAGCAUGAGAGUCUGUCUCAGCUGACAUCACUCUGCCAAUCAGCCCAAGUCCAUGGAAGCAGCAAGAAACUCCUGCACACUACCAGAAGUUUUUGGUGCAUUUCUUUCUACAGAGUCCUGACAAAUAUAGCUCAGCUACACAAUUUAAAGAGGAGCAUUAUGUGUGUGUUGUUAGUGAAGAAUCUUUAAUCACGUGCUUACUUUAGCCGAACAUCCUUUCUCUUGUGUCUGCUUCAAUGAGCCUUUCACUUGUGUCCACUUUAAGAAAACACUCCUUCAUGUGUUUGCCCCAGCAAAACAAUAUCUAAUACAACUGACUCUCCAGAGAACCCUUAAGUUGCCACUUCACUCAUCAUGCUCCUGACAACCAGGGCAUCAAUUAAGGACAUUACAGAGGAUAUUUUAAAUUUGCUUGAGAGGACAGGAAAUAGAGAUUGCAAUGUUUGAAAACUUACUGGGCACUGAAAAGAGCAGGUUUAAAAGAAAUUUGUAGAACUAAGUAACUACAUUCAAAAGGUGGGGUAGCUCAGGCAACCUGCUAAACCAUGAUGAAACAAAAUUUUAAAAAGCUCGUCUGAUAAAAUAAAAAUUUUAUCAUUAAAAGUAAAUGAAAUACAAAUUUUAAAAACGGUAGAAAAUAUGGACAAAGGUGUUAAUCUUGUAAGGGGCAGAACAUUCAGAAGAAUGAAAAAUGUAAGCAUGUAAAAUCCCUUUGUGAAGUAAUGGGGCAUUUUAUUUUAUAUAGCUGUAAAAAAAAAAAAAAAAAAAAAAAAAAACCUUAUUAAGAAGAAAUGCUUGGCUUAAGACCGAGAGGCAUGGAGAACUGAUGGCCCAGAGACCAGUAAUACAUACACGGAUGUAGAUCUGAGAUUGAAGUAGCCAUCUUGUAGCUGACUAACUACAAGUAGGGCUUCACUGUGCCCAGCAGGCAUAGUCGGAAAAGUUGCAGACUCAGCCUGCAACAGCUAUGAGACUCCAUUUCAGAAAGAUUUUAGUUGGGCUUGCUGAUGAGUUUGCAUAUAGCAAACUCAGCAGAGACAUGGAGACCACACACUGACUCAGCUUCAGCAACCUUCUGCCAGACUCAAGGAUUCGGAUUCUGUAUCCAUGGAGGGAGAUGUGGAUCCAGCUGAGAAUCUACAUGGGAACUUGAACUCUCAUUGCAAGCAGAAGCCUGAAGGACUUUCUAGAGGAUCUGGCACUCCACCUGUGAAGCAAGUCUCCUGACCAGUCCACAUCUGUAACCAGAUUUCCAAAAGAAAGGCUCAGAGUCAGGACAUACAUAUGAAAGCCAUAUGACAAUCAGGUUAUAAUUUUUUGUGUACCUCUCUGUCUCUUUUCUUUGUCUCCUUUUCCCAUUAUUUUUUCAUUUUCCUCUCCCAAAGGACAUAGUAGGCUGCUCAGAUUUGUGAUUACAGAUGUCUGUACCUCCAGUCUCCCAUAAACUGAGAACAGCAUGCCUCAUGUGAGUUAUGCAUGUAUGUGGUUUAUAUUUUUCUCCCUUUCCAGUCAAUCUUCUCUGAAGACUGCAUCACCCUAAUGUACUUUGUUCCUACCACUCACACUUCUCUAUGUUUCCAUCUCCCCAAUUUCCAUGUUGUCAACCCAGUACUAGCCACUAGUCUUACCGUAAGUGUUCUUUUCCUUUCCACUCAUAUUCAAAAUAAUAUAUUAGUAUACACACUCUUAUCAGUUAGCCUUCCCUUGAUAAAAUCAUUGGCAUGUAUAAUGUGAUUAAAUUGUAGUUGACUGUUCUUUUAUUGAGCCACUACCCUUUGAAAGUGAUUGCUUUUGCAAAUAAUAUCAUAAUCAUUUGGGAGAGCUGGUGAUCAAGCCUCAUCACAUAACCAGCAGUGAGUGUAUCAGAGAAAACAGUACUAGAACCUUGUAAGAACCAGCCUUCUUGGAAAGGGCAAAUAUGCCUUCCAAAGGAAGAAUGAUUUAAUAUACCUAAAUUAAAUAUAAAUACAAUCAGGUUCCUCACUUCAGAAAAUCAAGCCACAGCACAAAACAAUUCCUGAAAACCAAUAUUGACUUCAUAGAAUGAAGCCCCCAGUGAGACUGAAUUACAUGACAUCCCAGAAAAAUAAUUCAAGAAGAAUAACCAAAACUAUUCAAAUGACUUAAGAUAAUUUUUGAAGUAAUCUAAACACACACAAGAUGCUGAAUAAAAUAAAAAGUUAGUGCAAUAUACGAAGUAACUCUUAGUGACUUCUUCAGUAAAGACAGUUCUGUGGAAACCUAUACUAAUAGACUAGAUCAAGGAAAGGACACAUCAUCUGGCUUUGAAGACAAAGUGGAGGCGUUGGAACAUUUCAACAAAGACAAAUGAUUAAUUAAUAGAGCAAGUUUAACAAUACUCAAGAUAUAAAAGACACAAUGUAAAGAAAGACCAAAUUUAAGAAUCAUGAAAGAAUUUCUCAAGGCAUAGAAUAUAUUUUUCUCCAAAAUUAUAGUAAAAAAAAAAUCCCACAAUUAGAGAAAGAAAUGCAAAUCCAAAUGUAGAAAGCAUUUAGGACAUUAGACAGCACCCCAUCAUGUCAUAAUAUAAAUCCUAAAUACACAGAACAAAGGAAGUAUAUUGAAAAUAGCAAAGGAGAAGCACCAUAUAUAAAAGCAGAUUUCUCAAGAAAUUUAAAAGCCAUGAAGGCUUGGGGUAAUGUAUCAAGUUCUGAAAGAAAAAAAUCUGGCAGGCCAGGCUCUUGUGCUGGCAAAGCUACCCAUCACAACUAAAAGAAAAAGAAAAACUCUGUUCCUUAACAAACAAGCUAAGAAGUCAUUGCUACUAAGUCAUCUCUAUGAAAUAUACUGGUAGAAAGCCUCAGACUGAUGAGAAAUACAAAUAUUUCCAUGAGAUUAAAGGGAGAAUGAACUGCUGUAAUAAUAGCUAAGCAAGAAAUAGGAUAAAUUCAAACUAUAAAGUCAAGAAAAUGGCAGGAAUUAUUACCCAUCAGUGAUAACGGCGAGUGUUAAUGGUCUCAAUUCCUCAAAUCAAAAGAUAUAAACUAAGUAUAAUUGAAAAUUAGGGGCACAUCUUUCAGUUGCUUUCAGGAAACACAUCUUCCCAUAAGAAAUAAUCCCUCAGAGGUGAAAAAAUAGAAAAGGUAUCAAAUAAAAUGUACCUAUGGGACAAGUGUCUCUCACUCCUGUAUAUCUGAUAAAACAGCUUCAAAGUAAAACUGGCCAGAAGAGAAUUUUUUAAAGGUUAUUCCAUAAUGAUUAAGAAAACAAUCCAUGAAGAGGCUAUUAUAAUUAUAAAUAUAUGCACACCAGGCAUGUGGAGCCAAUUUUAUAAAACAACUAUCACUAGUAGUAAAGAUACAGAUGAACCCUAACACAAUCCUGGUGGGUAAAUUUCAGACACCUGAAAAGUAUUUAUCCAAACACCACAGAAUACACAUUUAUCUCGGCAAUUCAAAGAACUUUCUGCAAGAUAGAUUGUAUUUAAGGCACAAAGUAAAGCUUAGCAAAAAGGAAAGUUAAAUUUCUUCUAUCUGACCAUAAUAGAAUGCAGUAAACAAUAUCAAAAGAAGCUAUAGAACUGCAUAAACUCAUGGAGUGUAAAUGCUGCUUGCAUAUCCUCAGAGGAGGUGAUAGAUGAGAGAAGUACCCAAAUUGUGCAAAUACAUGGCUUGGGCUGAGCCAAGAGUUUCUUUCUCUGUUCUAACUAUCCGUAGGCCUAGACCUGGAAGCUUCUAGGCUCCAUACAAUCUUCAAAGCUGACUGACUCAAUCUGGCUUCUCUCAGCUUCUGCCUGACCCCAUACUAUAUGUUCUAAUCUUCUGGCUCGUUCUCAUUCUCUGGCUCAUUCUGCCUUCACCUGUGUCUAGCUUGUUCUCUCUGUAACCUGUCUCUGUAAAACUGUCAUGCUAAAACAUGCAUGUGUACACACACACACACACACACUCCAACACACCACACACUUUUAACAAAUACUCUCUCCAUGCUUUCAUGUAGCUCUUCCUGUGCUGUCCUCCUGUGAGUUGAGGGCAUCUAUUCUCUGACUCAUUCUGUCAGAUCUUCCUGAGUAGUCACGUCAUCUGCCCAUCCAAUAGACAUCACUUUCAAGUACGGCUGUUUCCUUCUCCAAACUAACCUUACGUUAAUUAUUAGGGAUUAAAAGUGUGUACUAAGGGUGUGUCUGUGUUCUAGACAGAUCAUACUGUAAUCCAGGGUAUGCCUGUAUUCUGAUCACAUCAUACCUUUGGAUGGGGUCCCUUGUCAAAGCAGCCAUGUUACUGGAUUAAAAUUCCUUGUCAAUGGAGUUUAAACAAUAUGUUAUUAUUUGGUGAGUUGGUCACUGAACAAAUUUGUAUGAAAAAAAAUGAAAUUAAAGGAAAACAUAACAUACCAAGUCCAGUAAGAUACAGUGAAAACAGUUACAAGAUAGAAGCAUAUUGCACUAAGUGCCUACAUUGAGAUCUUAAGUAAACAACAUGAUAAUACACUUUAAUAUCUU